CAACUUUUUUUGUUUAGUCUAAAUAAAAACAACUUCCUCAUUACCUUCUCCCUUCCCUCUCUUUUCACACUUCUUCUUCUUCUUCUUCUUCAUCUUCUUCUGCUUGUCUCUCUCUCAAGUUUCCACCAUUUUUCUGCAAAAAAGAUCAAAUUUUUAAUCUUCCCCUUCUGCAAAAUUCCCUUGCUUUUUUGCCUCCUCUGUAUAUACCCACCUCACAACAAACACAAAAUUCCAUCAUCCAUGGCCGCCAACAAAUUCGCCACCAUCUUGCACAGAAACUCCAACAAAAUCACCCUUAUUUUAGUUUAUGCUCUUCUUGAAUGGGUUCUCAUCUUUCUUCUUCUUCUUCAGGGUCUUUUCUCUUACCUGAUCGUUAAAUUUGCAGAGUGGUUUGGGCUGAAGCGCCCCUGUUUGUGGUGUUCCAGAGUCGAUCAUGUUUUCGAGCCUGAGAAAAAACAUUCUUAUAGAGAUCUUCUUUGUGAAGGUCAUGCCAUGGAGAUUUCUAAUCUGGGUUACUGUUCGAAUCAUCGGAAACUAUCGGAGUUGCGAGAUUUGUGCGAGGAUUGCUCAUCCUCUUCUAAGUCCCAUGAGUUCUAUCAAAUUCCUAAGAGCUUUCCUUUUUUUGGAGAUGAGAAGGAGGAUUUCAGGAGCUGUUCUUGCUGUGGGGAGACUUUGAAGAGUCGAUUGCUUUCCCCUUGUAUUUUGAUUAAACCGAAUUGGGGGGAUUUGGAUUAUACCCAGAAGGGGAAUUUGAUUUCUGAGGCGGAAACUGAUGAAAUCCAUGUUUCCCAAUCGGAAGAUGUCAUCGGAAACAGAGAAAUCUCUGUUGUUUCCGGUGGGGAAGAGGCAGAGAAAAACUCCACUUGCUCUGUUUGUGGUUGUGGGUGUAAAGAUUCGGCGGUUCAUGAAGAUGAUGAUGAUAGAGCUGAAAAAGAUGGGGAUUUUCUUGAACUGGCUGAAGAUCUGACCACUUGUAAUCAGAAAACAGUUCAAGUUGGUUGUGAGAAAGAGGAUGAAUUACCUGAGACUGUUCCUCAUCAUCUUGAGUUCUACAUUGACCGGGGUGAUGAUCGGCGACUGAUUCCGGUUGAUUUGAUCGACUUUUCGGCCCCUGACGAUAACAGAAACAACAACAGCAGCAGCAACAUCCUAAGUGAAGUGAAAGAUGAGGAACAAGAACAAGAGGAUUGUGGGAAUGAAGAUGUUGUUUUGGAUUUUGGUUCCCACUUUGAGAAUCAAAGGCAUGGUGUGAGUGAAGAUUGGGAAGUUAUUUCAGGAGAGAGAUUGGCAGAGUUUCUCUCCGUUUCUCUAAAUGAGAACAAGCAGCAAGUUGCAGAGGUGGAAGCCAUGGAUUUGGAGGAAGAUCCAUCAAUGGGAGUUGAAAAGGAAGCAGAAAAAGAAGAAGAAGAAGAAGAAGAAGAAGCUGAGGCUUUCAUUGAUGAAGCAAGUCAAGCUCCAGCCAUUGAUGCUCAUAAAGAAGAACUUGAAGAAUUGGUGGUAGCAACAAGACAGCCAGAUUCAGAUCUUCAACAAGUAGAUUUUCACAUGUGGAAUGAUGAACUUGAAGUAGAGAUUUCAAUUGGGACAGAUAUUCCCGACCGCGAUCCGAUCGAUGACAUUCAAACUCAAACCGACCUUCCUCUGCAUCCCGAUGUACAAGAAGAUCCUUCCCCAAGUACAUCAUUGGAUGUCGACAAUAUGCAAGAUUCUAACAAAGCUGAGAAGUCCGAGGAAGUUGAGGAAGUUGAGGAAGCUGAGGAAGCUAAGGAAGAGGAAGAGUUCAAGAUCUUGUCCGUGGAAACAAAUUCACAACCUUCAGACAAUCACAAACCGUCGAGUUCUGAGGUCAAUGAGAAUGAGGAAGAAGAUAAAGUUCCUGAUACACCCACUUCAAUGGAUAGUCUCCACCAGCUACACAAGAAGCUGCUAUUACUAGACAGAAAAGAAUCUGGAACCGAAGAGUCUUUGGACGGAAGUGUCAUAAGUGAGACCGAAGGUGGGGAUGGAGUGUUGACUCUUGAGAAAUUGAAGUCGGCAUUGAGAACUGAAAGAAAGGCUUUGAAUGCUUUAUAUGCAGAGCUAGAAGAAGAGAGAAGUGCUUCAGCCAUAGCUGCCAACCAGACAAUGGCAAUGAUUAAUAGGCUUCAAGAGGAGAAAGCAAGUAUGCAAAUGGAAGCUUUGCAGUACCAGAGAAUGAUGGAGGAGCAAUCUGAGUAUGACCAGGAAGCUUUGCAGCUUUUGAAUGAGCUUGUGGUAAAGAGGGAAAAGGAAAAGCAAGAGCUCGAGAAAGAAAUCGAAAUUUACCGAAAAAAGCUUCAAGAUUAUGAAGCCAAAGAGAAAAUAGCAAUGUUAAGGAACAGAAAAGAUGGGAGCAUCCGAAGUCGAAAUUCCUCAGUUUCUUGUAGCAAUGCCGAUGAUAGUGAUGGGCUAUCUAUCGAUUUGAACACCGAGGCAAAGAAAGACGAAGAUUUCUUUUCUAACCAAGAAACGGAGAAUCAAAACACCCCAGCUGAGGCAGUCCUUUAUUUGGAGGAAACCUUGGCAAACUUUGAGGAAGAAAGGCUGUCCAUUCUAGAGGAACUGAAAAUGUUGGAAGAGAAGCUCUUCACCUUGAGUGAUGAAGAACAACAAUUUGAAGACAUUGACCAUUAUAGUGAACAAAAUGGGAAUGGCUACCAUAAGAACUCAGAUUAUGCUACGGAAACAAAUGGAUUCGAAAACGGUCACAAUGCCAAGGAAAUGAAUGGAAAACAUUAUCCAGAGAGGAGAGUGAUGAGCACAAAAGCCAAAAGGCUUCUUCCUCUUUUCGACGAUGUAGUCGACGCAGAUGUCAUUGAAGAUGUAACAAACGGAGGGGAACAAGGGUUCGACUCCAUUACAAUGCAGAAGUCUUUAGACAACAAAUUUGAGACUGAAUUCAAGAGGGUUGCUGUUGAGGAAGAGGUUGAUCACGUCUACGAGAGAUUACAAGCACUCGAAGCAGAUAGGGAGUUUCUAAAACAUUGCAUUGGCUCCCUAAGAAAAGGCGACAAAGGCUUAGAGCUUCUCCAAGAAAUCUUACAACAUCUCCGCGAUCUAAGGAAUGUCGAUCUUCAGUUGAAGAACAUGGGAGACGUUGUCAUAGCAUGAUUGCAAUCACAUCCCCAAUCAAAAAUCCAAACAACACAUCAGGUAAUUAAAAAGCCUUAUGCAUCGUUUGCCUUAUUUCGUUUUAAACUCCAAAGAUGCAUCGUAUCGGAAAAAAAAAAAAAAACAAACUGAAUGAACUUGGUUCACUUGUUUCCAGUCCUUGGUAAAUACAUAAUGUGGUCCUUUGGAGUUUUAAUUGAUGCAACAACCAAUGAUACCAAAACCCAAAACCCGUCAACCCCACAUCGUCAUCGUCAUCGUCUUCAUCGACAAAAUCAGAAAGCCUCCAUAUGGUGGAGCCUCCUGAUAUAGAAAAUGUUGGAACAAACCAAAGAACCCCCCCUCCCCCGCUGUCUUAUGAGUCAAAGUUGACCCAAAUUUUUUUGUGGGUUGUGUCCAUGAUCAUCAUCACCUUAAAGGAAGGUGAAUGAAGUUGAAAUUUGUGUGUAGGACAGUGAGCUGUAGCCAAUCUGUCAUUUGUUUUUAUGUUUUUUUUUUCUUUUUUAUUUUGGUGAGGAAAUAGCCUGGCUUGCAAAGCUGGAGAGAUCAGAGGCAAAGAUUCCAGUGCCAGGUGCAUAUAGCUUAGUUUUGUUUAGGCAGUUUUAGAUUUAAGGACAAUCUUUUUUUUUUUUUUUUUUCCUUCUUUCAUUUCUUUUUUUCUUUUAUUUUUUCUGGGAAAGGGGAAAGAUUUGGGUAAAUAACCCAUCUUUUUUGCUUUCUCCAUCAUCUGCAUCAUUUCAUCAAAUGGGGUUUGUUUUUCUUACUAUUUGAAGGGCAAAAAAUUGAGUUCCUUGUACACUACAUCUUUCCAUUGUAAAGUAUAUAAAAGUUGAGUGCUUUGUCUACAA